AUCAUCAGUAUCUUACACAACGCCUACUUUAGUGAGGCACGAUACAACAUUACCACACAGCUUCCAGGGGGAGGUCCGAAUGUCAGCGGAAAGGUGGGGAAUAGAAGGGAGAAUGGCGGCAGCAUUACUCUCAGAGACGGAGAUCAGACAGCGGUCUAUGGCCGAGGAGGAUCCGAACGGCAAUGAACAUGGGGCGGCUGCCCGCAGCACUGCACCUCGCUGGGGACCGCAGCACGCCGGGGCCCGUCAGCUUGCCAAGUUAUACUCUCCUGGAAAGCGUUUACAGGAGUGGAUUUGUGUGGUUCUGUGCCUCUCUCUCUUCGUUAUAAACUUCCUCUUCCUCCUCAUAAACUUCUCCACAGUGCACAUCUAUAAAAUUAUCUUUGGCGUGGUGUUUGGUAUCGUGACGGCAGACUUUGCCUCUGGCAUAGUGCACUGGGGAGCUGAUACCUGGGGUUCAGUCGACAUCCCUGUCAUUGGGAAGGCAUUUAUUCGUCCUUUCCGGGAGCACCACAUUGACCCAACGGCCAUCACUAGACACGACUUCAUAGAGACUAACGGAGACAACUGCAUGAUUACAAUCCUCCCUCUGGCUCACAUGACAUACAAAUUCCUGUCCUAUCCACCAGAUGCCCUUGCAGAGUCUUACCCAUGGGAGUGUUUUGUGUUUGCUUUGGCGGUCUUCGUCACCAUGACCAAUCAGAUCCAUAAGUGGUCCCACUCUUACUUUGGGCUGCCACGCUGGGUCACUCUGCUUCAGGACUGUCACCUGGUCCUGCCCCGAAAACACCAUCGAAUCCACCAUGUCUCUCCACACGAGACCUAUUACUGCAUUACCACAGGCUGGUUGAAUUAUCCUCUGGAUAGAGUUGGUUUCUGGCGGAGGAUGGAGUGGCUGAUCGAGCUGCUGACUGGUCAGAAGCCACGCAGCGAUGACAUGGCCUGGGCUAAGAAGACAGAGUGAUCAGCAGUCCUCUCUGGAUCUUUCUCUCCCUCCGUCUCUCUCUCCAGACGUGCCGGUUCAAAUAUGGGCCUUUCCACCUCGCCACACCCCACCCCAACCCCCACUUCCCCCCAAAAAACCCCCCAACCCUCUUCUUCUAAACCUCUCCCUUUUCUUCUCUCCUUUUUUCUCUCUCUCCUGCCUUUUAGCACAGUUCCACGUAACCCUGCUGCUGAGGCCUUAAUUGUCUACAAGGUCUUCAACACAAGAGCCAUCAAUCCUGUUCAGACACACCCACACACACACACACGCACAAACAUGCUCACACACAUACACACUUGCACACAUAGACAGAGAGGGACUGAGGGUAAAGAUUUGGCAUUAAUACAGCUGAGGGUAAAAGGUUUUUUUGUUUAUUUGUUUGUUUUUUUUGUUGAUUGACAUAUUUUGCUGUAUUUUGCUAAUAGUUAUUCUCCAACUGAGCAGUAUCUUCUUGCAUCGCCUAACUAACCCAUCAUUGUUUUAUUAGUCUGUGCGUGAGAGAAGUGUGUGUUUCCUGGAGGAUGGGCUCUCUGGGUUACAAAAGCUGUCACCCCAUUAUCUCACAAGUGUGGACUGAGAGAGAGAGAGAGAAAGAGAGAGAGAGAGGCAUAUUGGAUAUAUAUUUGAUUGGGCAAAAAGAUGAGAGCAACCAGUGCUAGGGAGAGAGUGUGUUUGCUGAUCUCUUUCUCUGCAGUUUUCCCCUGAGUAAAAGGCAGUAAUCCGUGUGGAGAGGUAGAUUCUGUUCAUUUUCCCUCAUUGUUGCAACACACACACACACACACACACACACACACACACAAUCAUCCUUCAGUAGGGGUGAAACAGGCACAAAAUGGUGGGUGUUCUUUUUCAGAAAGGUAAAACACAGGGAAGGGCCUUUGUUGGGCAUCUAAGGAACCUUUUUUUUGUUUCUAUCUCUGCCACCUUGGCCAAACAUGUGGCCUUUCUCUGUUGAGCCAACUGAAUGUUUGUUCCCUGAAUGUCUCUCGUAGGUCUGCCACUGGCCUUACGUUUUUGGGAUGGGCUCACUUAUGUGGAAAAACGUCUGGUUGGAUUUGUGCAGAGAUAGGGAACCUCAGUGAGCGGAGAGUAGUGUUAUGGUCCUGCUUUGGAUUAGAUCACACAUGAAGUAGACAGAAAAAUGUCAACAAAAGGUCAAAGUGAAAAAUGGGUUUUUUGUUUUGUUUUGUU